AUGGCUAAGACUAAAUCUAGAGGAAGAAGAGCUGAAAAGAAAGCUCAAAAACUAGAUGAACAAGAUUUCAUAGAAUUAUCGACCGACGACAUAUCCAAAUCAGAUCAAACGAAUAUACCCAAUACCUUUUUCGGAUUAGUUGAUUCAAGUGAAAUUGAUUAUUUCAAACAAGCAGAAUCAACAUUAAAUAUAAACUCCUUUGAAAAUGAUGAAGAAAGAGAUGGAUUUAUAAAUUCGGUUAUAGAAGAAGCUCAAGGUAAAGAAUUAAAAUUAGUUACAAAUCAAAUUUGUUCAAAACUAAUGGAAAGAUUAGUAUUAUUCGCUAGUACUAAACAAUUGAAACAAAUAUUCAAAAAUUUUUCUGGACAUUUCGUUUCUUUAGCUUUCCAUAAAUAUGCAUCACAUGUAUUGGAAACUUUGUUAGUGAGAGCAGCUGCCUUAAUUGAAAAAGAAAUUUUACAAACUGAUGAAGUUAAAUAUGAAGAAGAAGAUGGAGUAGUUAUAGAAGAUCGUAAUGAUUCAGAAACGAUAGAGGAAUUAUUUAUAAAAAUGACAAAUGAGUUCAAGCCUUAUUUGGUGACAAUGAUUGAUCAUCAAUACGCCUCACAUGUGCUAAGACUUUUAAUUUUAAUAUUAGCUGGAAAAGAAUUACCAUCCACAACAACUUCAAAUUCAGUGCUUAGAUCAAAAAAAUCCAAAAUCGCUAGAAAAAUGAUUGAAAUUAAAGACAAUGAAGAUUUUAAUCGAUCUUUUCAAACUCCAGAAUCGUUUAAAGUAGAAUUGCGAGAAUAUUUUCAAAUUAUAAUAAAGGAUUUAGAUACCAAAAAAGCAAGAGAAUUAGCUAUACAUAAAAUCGCGUCACCAGUAAUACAAUUAAUAAUACAAGUGGAGGGAUUAGUAGACCGUGAACGUACAAUGUGGCAUUUAAUAUUUGCAAAACAAUCGGAUGGUGAAGUAGAUGAAGAAAGAUCAUUUGUUGAAUAUCUAUUGUCAGAUCCAGUUGGUUCACAUUUCUUUGAAUCAAUUAUCAAAAAUGAUGGAGCAAGACCACAAUAUAUUGAAAGAUUAUAUAAACUUUACAUGAAAGAGAGAAUACUAAAAUUAGCUAAUAGAUCAACCACAGGAGUAUAUAUAAUUCAAGCAUUAUUAUUUAAAUUAAAACCAAUUGAAGUUGAGUACAUUUUAGACAAUAUAAUACCUGAAUUAUCAAAUUUAAUAUCAAUUUCAGAACAUCAAAAUUUAGAUUUGGCAACAAGAGUGAUAGAUGCAUCAAUAGGUAGAGGUAAUUAUUUACGAGAAGAAAUCAUUACUCAAUUGUUUAAGAAAUAUGCACCAAAUUAUGACUUCCAAAACCCAACAACUCAAGGUGACGUAUCUACCGAAUUUCUAGAAAAUGUUUUACAGUUGACAGGUUCAACUUUGGGUAAUACAAAAGAUGAUUGGCCAACGGCAGAAGAAAGAAAAAGAGCAUUAUUUUUGGAGAAAUUAAUGGAAUCAGAUUACAGAUUCGUCAUAUGUGUUUGGUUCAAUUUUAUGGCAUUACCAAUUGAAAGAUUUGUACAAAUGUGUUUCCAUGGAGUUUUCUCUCAUGUAGUUGAAAAUUCUUUGGUAGUAGAACAAAACGAGCAAAAACCAAUUCAAAUUUUAAGAAAAAGAUAUCUUAAUAUAUAUCAAGGACAAAUAGUUGCUUUAGCAUGUAAUUCAUAUGGAUCUCACAUAGUUGAUAAAUUAUGGGACUUCACAGUAUUAUUACCAAUGUAUAAAGAUAGAUUUGCAUCAGAGAUGAUGAACAAUUCACAAAAGGUAAAAGAAAGUACUUAUGGUAAAUUAGUUUGGAAAAAUUGGUCAAUGGAAUUAUUUUUAAGAAAAAAAUAUGAUUGGAAACUGUUGGUCAAAACUCAAGAACAAGAGUUUUUUGGAGGAGAUGAAAAUACAGAAAGAGUUAAAAAGCCAAUUGAAUUGAAAAUGGAAAGAUUAGCUGAAGAAAAGAAAAAACAACAAGAACAAGCUGAAAGAGCUCAAAGUGGGUAUAAUAAACGUAAAUUAGAUGAAUUAACUGGCAAUACUGACAAAAGACAAAAAUUAAGAGGAAGAAGAAGGGAAUAA